GACGUAGGAAAUGAUGACCUGCACGGUGUUUGUACACAGGGAGUGCUCGUUCGUUCAGAUAGAUAUUCAUAAUAGUUUUGAGUUCAACCUCUACUUGCGCCGCGUUUCCUCGUUGGACUAACUCUGUAUUAUAUCACGUUUAAACCUAGUCAGUAAGACACAAGGUGGUUAAAGUUUGAUGAUUUUCAGUAACUACUGGAAUUAUUAUAGAGGUUCACAUGUUGAAUGCCAAAGCAGAUUCGGUUCCUCUUCUUCAAAUCGAUACCGUAGUUUCCGUACAUGGCCCUUCAUAUACUUGAUGGCGAUGGCGACCUUUUUGUGGAUCUUAACUGCAGGCUGCCUACUUACUGGAAUUUUUGAUCAAGGACAUACAUUGUAGGACAGUUCACAAGGAGUAUUCCCGAACACAUCAUUGGCGCACUCUUUUUCUGCCAGUCGCUGUUUGUGUGUUCAUUUUGCAUCGGAGUGAAGCGCAACAGGAAAGUGUUACAUGCUCCAGACACUAGUUUCUCCUUGUAAAUAAACGAUGACUUCUGUGUGGAAAAGAUUACAACGUCACGGCAAAAAAGCCACCAAAUUUCAGUUUGUCGCGUCUUAUCAAGAACUUGUUUUGGAAUGUACAAAAAAAUGGCAGCCAGACAAACUGAGAAUAGUGUGGACCAGAAGGAACAGACGGAUCUGCUCCAAGCUUCAUGGAUGGCAGCCUGGCAUCAAGAACCCCUACAGAGGAAUGGUGGUCUGGCCUGUGCCUGAAAAUGUGGACAUCACCGCAACCCUUUUCAAGGACCUCCAUUCAGAUGAAUUUGAAGAUAAAGACUGGACAUUUGUCCUUGAGAAUGAGUCGAAGGGCCAUCGAAAGGUGUUGGCCUCGGCCGACAUCAACAUGAAGAAGUUCGCCAGCCCUACGCCAACACAGACGGACCUGACCCUGAAGCUGAAACCGCUGUCGGUGAAGGUGGUGGAGGCCACGCUGAAGCUCUCGCUCUCCUGCGUGUUCCUCAGAGAGGGCAAAGCCACUGACGACGACAUGCAGAGUCUGGCCAGUCUGAUGAGUGUCAAGCCCUCUGACAUUGGGAACCUGGAUGACUUUAAUGAGAGCGAUGAAGAUGAGGACAAGAGAUCCAGUACUGGAGCCUCUAUUAGUGCUGCAGCACCUCCUCCACCUGUUUGCCCCGUGCACAAGCAACAAAAGAAAGCUGCUUUUGUAAAGCCUCUCUCAAUAGCCAGUGUGAAAGAGAGGUUUGGCCACGGUGCCCCCUUUCGUCUUCCUGGCACAUUAACUAACCCUGACAUCCAAACACGUCCUCCAUUGCCCACUCCGCCCUCUCCCCGUGCCAUCUUUGCGACCCGUGCCAAACCUCCGCGCCCACUGAACCCUCCCGUGCAGCCAGCACGCCCCUCCCCUGAACCCCACUCCACCACGGCUGCUUUCGGGGCCCAGCCCCCAGCACUGCCCAAAAUCUUCCAGCCCUCCUCUGGCACAGUCCCUGUCUCUUUCCCACGGAAGCCUACAAAGGCCCAGACAGUCCCCGCACUGAGCCCCGAGGCCCCUGCUGGGGUCGCCACCGUGGCCCCCGACUAUCCUCAGAUCAGACCAUGUGGCUCGUCUCUCUCUAAAUCCUCCGCCCUUCCUCUCUCUCAGCCUCCCUCACCUCCUACUGCUGCUUCCACUCAAGCAGCUCGCUCAAACAUCUUCCAGCCCAAAAUAGUCCUUACUCAGCGUCCCCCCUCUCCCCCUCUCUGCCCUCCCCCGUCUGACGCCCUCUCGGAGCGUACCGUCUCCCUGGCCACUCUCUCUGAAAAAGCCCCCACCCUCCUGAAGAUCCUCUCCGCUGGCCCAGAGCCAGUGCCCGGCAGAACGAGUGAGUGGAGGAGGAGCAGUGCCCAGACCUGCGCCCCUCUCACAGGGCACGGUCCCACCCCUAGUCUCUCCCUCUCCUUCUUCUGCCCCCCUCCCUCUGACCCUGUGGCGUCUGUCCCCUUACUAACCAGCCCCACCCUGGAGGCUCUGUGCGACCCUUUCUCCUCCUCCCCCUCUGCUUCUCCCAGCUCUUCUCUGCUCUCGCUCUCCCCUCACUCCCUGCCUUUCGCAGGCCUCCCCUCGGCGUCUCCCGUGUCUAGUCUUACUUCCACCUCCCCCUCUUUUCCUUUCCACGCCUUUGCUCCGUCUCCGGAGCUGGCUCUCUCACCUCCUGCUGAGCUACCUGCUCCUCCUUUGUCUGCUCCUGCUGCUGGCUCUGCUUCAGCAACUGCUGCCAUCUCUUCCUCUCAGUCCAGUGUUGCCCAGUCAGAGAUACACAGGGAACUCGGUACACUAACAGAAGAGGAACAGCCAGGUUCACCUACCCUUGACUCCUCCAAGGGUUCCGAUCCGUGGACGAAGGCUGGAGCGCAAGGCUCUGAGGCCAAGCCUUUAUCUCUGAGCUGCGCAGACGAGCCACACCGCUCGCCCCGCAGCAUCGGCAGCAUCAGCAUCGUGAACCAGCACACCUUACCAUCUCGGACCGGCACAGACCAGGAGAGGAGAGAGGUCACUAUAGACACAACCAAUGGCCUUGGGCGAGGAGCAUGCCCGGCAGCUGAGGACCAGGGACCCAAGGCAAUCACGCCUGAUGUUCCCCCUCCCUGGCCUUUCUCUGCCCAUGGGCUGUCAUCCGUGGCUUCAGCUACCACCGUCGCCAAAAAGAUCCAAAUCCCAACCCCUGAGGUCUUUGUGGCAGAGAAGACCCCAUUGGCAGAAGAAGAACCUGAUUUCAAGGAGCCGGCCACGGAGACAGAAAAGCCCAGUCGACCAGUUAAAACUGAUGCGAAAGUGUCAUCACCAGACAAAACACCUUUUGUUGCCGAAAAGCCACCAUUGGCUGAGCCCGAGCCAGAUCUAGAGAGCACUGAUUUUGGAGUACUAGUGAGCCCUGUGCUGGCAGGGGGCUCAUCAGUGGGGCAGAACACUCGGGAUGAUACUAAAGCAAAGCCUGAACUCAAGAAAGAGUGUGAAAUUGCUGCGGGAAAGAAACUAGAUAAAUUGAUCCCUGAGAGAGUACCCCCUUGUGCUGACCUCAACAGAUCAGACGAAGACAAGGAAAAGAUGAAAAACUUCUCAGCCCUUUCUGUCACAAAGGAGUCUAGCACUCCCAGGCCUAUGGAAGCUUCUAACAAUCAGCGCGAUGUUGCUCCUGAGACAAACAUCUCAAAAGAAAAACGACCACCAUGGGUUCAGCAAAUAUAUCCCUCCAACGAAGGAAAGGGCCCAAGGGACAGUGAUCACAAACAAAGCCCUGCUAGAAUCCCACUGACUCAAACUGACUCCGUGGAGCAACACAUAAACGCCAAUGAGAACAAGCUAAGGUCAGGACCGGAGAAACAAGAUGUUGAACAGAAGAAGGCAACUGAUAGUGUUCUUGAUGAAGGCAUAAGAGAAAUGGCUUCAACUGUUGAGUCCCCUCUACUAGCAAGCAAACAGGGCACUAGCAAAAAAGUAGAAGACUCCCAAAAGAGUCCUGAGUUGCCAAAUCAGGCGACCCAAACAGAAGAACCCAGUCAACCCAAAAACAGAGACACCCAUGCACGCAAUUUACCAAAGCCCCUGGACCUUCUACCCUCUGCCAUAGAAUCCACUUCUGAGAUAUCACAGCACACUGCUAGAAGUGAGAUAACCAUGAAAAAGUCUGUGAGAAACAAAACGGGAGCCAUACAUUUGGAUAUGCUAGCCUCUAAACAGGAAGCAGUCCGUGCUGAACGUCCCCUUUGGGCUGCCCUUGAAGUGAAGAGUAAGGAAUCUGUUCCAGCACCGGUAAUUAGCGAUACUGUUCCAGAGAAGCUGCCUGAUGGCAAACAGGAGAGGUUAGAUGUGGUCUCAGCUGCAUCAGAAGUGGAAUCCAUAGAAACAAGACCAAUCAAAUCCAAACCUGUCCUAUCACAUGUCCAAGCGGUAGAAGUCAGCAAAAUUGAGGAUAACCUCAAAGAUUUCAAGUUCUCUGCUCACCUGAAGAUGCCAUCCCCCAAAUCCAGACGACUAGAUACCCUACCCUCUGCCGGAUCCCAACCUCCCACUGCAAAAACUAGCGCCAAGAGAGCAAAGCUACCACUAGAGAAGCUUCUCCCAGCGAACACGAGUAUGCCCUCUCCUGUCGAGGCUGACCAUAGUGAGCCAGAGUCAGAGGAUGUGAAGCCUCUUCACAUAGUGGAGACUCCCACUAAAGAAGAGAGGCCUCUAUGGGCAGCUGUAGAGGAGAAAGCCAAAGAGAGAGGCCAAGAGGCCGAGGGCCCUGGCUCACUGGAGGAUAUGAGUUUAUCCCUGGGAGGGGGAAUGUCUGAACAAGAGGACGUUCUUCACAUGAAGACACGAAAGACGACUUCUUGUUUCCCAACACCUUUGGAUACAUUAGACAAAAAUACACCUCCACCGGCCUACAAAAAUCAAACUGACAGUGUCCCACCAAUCACUUCUCAAACUACUUCUUACUUUGAGCUGUCGACUGAGGAAUUCUAUCCAGAUAGCGAAGGCAGUCCCAACAAAACCUCAUCCGAACCAGAUCUUAAGUCUGCAUCUUUAGAGCAGCAGGUCGAACCCAGUGAUGAGAUUAGCACUCAGAGACAUAAAGACUCUAAACUGGCUGCUGUAGGAGAGUGUGAGGGAGCGUUGGACACAGAGAAGUCACGGGAAACAACCAAAGAGAAAUCAGAGGAAUCUGAUUUCCUAGCCAGGGAAGGUGAUGUACCCUCCAUGGGUUUCAUGAGCACCAUAGUGGGUGUCCUGUAUAAAGGUUACGAGACAGUGACCUCCAUACUCCAGUAUGUCCCCUCUGAACCUGACCGUGUCAGUGUUGAUGGAUCAAGCAUUCAUGAGAGCACAGAGAUCGACAUCCUCCCGCCUGAGGAGUUCUGCGACGCUCUGGAGGAUCCCCUGUCUGAAGAUGAAUGGCAAGAACCCCCAGAUGUGCUACCAUCAGUGGUCAAAGAGCGAAGCAUCCAUAAAACCAAGUUGAUUUCGACCAGUGGGUCUACUUCCCUGAGCCUGGUAGAACGUCUGCGAAAAGCUGCAUCGGAGGAAGAGAGAGUCAAAAAUGAAUCACAAGGACAGGAACCCAGCGAUUACAAGAACAGAACCGAGCACAGUGAUAAAGAGGAUGAAAAUCUAACCUUCGCUUUGUCUAAAGUGAAGGAAAACAGAGAAGUACCUGAGACAAGCAAUGACAAGGCAGAAGCUCAAUCUCCACUGAUGGCAAGAAGAGACCUGGGUGAAAUAGGUUAUGAAGAACUCACAGAGAGAAGCACAGAGGAAGAACGUCUUGAUGGAAGAUGGAGCAAAGAAAACCGGGAGAGAAUUAUGCGGAUCCCCUCUACCAACAGCUUGGAUAACUUGACAGAGGAAGUGGAGUUUGUGCAAGGCCAAGAAGACAUGGGCACAUUUUGGGAGCCGGAUUUGUACAUGGACAGGGGCCCAGAGGACAGCCCUGUGCCUGCGGCACCACAGGCAGGUUCUCUCACUCAGCCCACUCCCACUGGUUCCUCCUCGGAGUGUAAGUCACCAUCACCUGAGCCGCGUGUGGAACCACAACCAGUCAGAUCAAAUGAAGGAGCCAGCUCUGUGGACCGCCAUAGUCUACCUGACCUGAGCAAGUCUCUACCAGAAAAGGACAAGCCUCUGCCAGAGGGUACUGUCAAUGUUCCUUCCCCUCUGAAAAAACUGAAAAAUAUCUCCAUGCCAGUACCACUCCAGGAGGUGGGGCCAAAUGUGAGGGCUACCAAAGAGCCCAAAGGGCUAGUUUCACCCCAGCGUAGCAAAGAAAAUAACAAACCCGGCUCUUUAACCCAAGACAGAGAAACCUUGCCAGAAUCUGGUGUGCUGCCUGAAGCCACAAUUAAAGCAACUGAGAAACAGAGUGGUGAAAAGGGCAACGGCGUGUCAGAGGCUACAGUAAAUCAAAUGGAGAAAGAAGCCAGGAGAUCCCCCAUCCUCGCCAUGGCAACCACACCCUUGGCCAGUGUGCUUGUAACAGCCCGAGAGGCCCACGAUGAAAAGACAUUCCAAGAGGAGAACAAGGAAGAGGAGGCUGUUUCGGGGCAAGACGUCUCUCCAAAAAGCUCUGUGGUCCCCUGGCCACUCCCCCCCUCUCAGUCUGAGCCUACAGGCGAGGGAGAGGAGGUUCCCCCCAAAACCAUUUCCAGGAUGUCCGCGGAGGAGAGUGUUCUACUGGCAAAGAUCUUCCAAAUGGGGCAGGAGUCCCCGGAGAUGCCUGUCCCUGCUCGCCGCACGAGGAAGCUGCUUGCUUACAUUGCUCCGGAUGUUGCUCCCAGUCCCAGCCCCCCACUGCCACCAGAGCCAAACGUGCCACCAGGUCUGGACGAGACUGAGAAAUCUCCUGCUGCCCCUGAACCCACGGAGGGAAAAGAGAGCCCUGUCCCAAAUACGACAAUCCGUCAGGAAACCAGCAAAAAUGGCGGGCAUGAGAGCGUCGGGCCUGUUUUGGAUGAGGAGGGACCACAGGAAAUCAAAACUGCUCUCUCAACCCCAGAUUUAUUGUUGAAUACAGUCUCAUCUUUGAGACAGGAGAAGACCACCAGAAACAUAGUCCCAUCCUCUCAGAUCACAGUGGAAGCAGGCCUCAGUUUAGAUGAGCCCAAGGACACCAUUGCAACAGUUUCCGGCACAGAGAUUAUCAGUGGCUCUGAGAACAAAGACAGUUCUGAACCAGAAGCCCAGGUUUCCCCUUGCAGUGAAAGCUUGAACAGAGACAAGGAUCAGGAGACAGGGACUGACCUGGGAGUUGUGGAGGAAGAGGAAGAUCGGGUAGAUAAGGAGGAAGAAACUCAUCAUAGAGUGCAUAGUGCACAGUGCAUCAGAGAGAAUGCCAUGGAAGAAUUAUCUCUGCAGGUGAUCAAGGAGGAACCUUCUGGUGCAGAUGCCCAGCCUGCACAGACAAGUGAUGACACAGUGGAGCCUCAGACCCCCAUCACAGAUGCAUCACUAGCCCUGGAACCUCCCAGGCGCAGUAAGAAGACUGUCCCUCCUCUUGCACUGCGUCGGGAAGUGGGGGAGAAAGAUGGCCAGCAGAUUCCCAAUCCUAUGCCCAGCCCUGGUUUGGUCAACUCUAGUAAGUCUCUAUUGGAGUGGUGUCAAGAGAUGACUCAAGACUACAAGGGAGUGAAGGUCACUAAUUUCAGCACAUCUUGGCGUAAUGGGCUGGCCUUCUGUGCAAUCCUCCACCACUUUUACCCGGACAAAAUAAACUUUGAAAUGCUAGAUCCUUACGACAUCAAAUCAAACAACAAAAAGGCCUUUGAUGGCUUUGCUGCUCUUGGCAUUGCCCGGCUUCUGGAACCCUCCGACAUGGUUCUCCUCUCCGUUCCGGACCGGCUGAUCGUGAUGACAUAUCUCUGCCAGAUCCGCGCCCACUUCACGGGCCAGGAGCUGAGCGUGCUGCAGAUCGAGCAGAACAGCAGCCAGACCAGCUACACGGUGGCAGAGCCCAGCAAGGACCCUGACAUGGAUGCCACGGCUCGCUUCUGCGCCCAGCGGCUGCAGGCUGGCACGAUGCUGGCGGAUGCCAACGGAAAGACCGGCGAGGCCAGGGAUGGCACGGAGGGAACGGUCAAGCCCUCCACCAGUCUGACGGCGCCGCCGCGGACUAAACGAUUAAGUGCGAAAGGAGAGAAGGUUAGCAGGGAAGGCGGUGAGACUGAAGGAGAGGCGCAGACACCGGUGCCUCCUCCCAGACCAAACGCUUCCGCUGCCAAGACGGGCUUCGGCCACGUGCGAGAUGCUGACCUGGUGAAGAAGCGUCGUCUGCGGAUGAAGAGUGAAUCCAUGGAUGAAGUGGACAACACAGAGGGUGGAUCACCCAACGGGGAAGAGGUUUCUAAAGGUGAGAUCACAGGAGAGGGGAAAAAUGGCUUUACACCUGGGAAAGACUCCACAGAGCCUAGUAAGGAGAACAGAGAAGCAGACGAAGAUACUCUGCACCUACAGGACACAAGUCAGUAUGUGGUGAGUGAACUGAAAGCUCUGGAGAGUGAACAGAAGCACAUUGACAACAGAGCUGGCAUAGUGGAGAGGAGACUAAGAUGGCUGAUGGAGACAGGUAGUGAUCGUGAUGAAGAGGAGAGACUGAUUCAGGAAUGGUUCAUUCUUGUAAACAAGAAAAAUGCCCUGAUCCGGAGACAAGACAACCUUGAACUCUUGCAGGAGGAACAGGAUUUGGAGACACGAUUUGAACUAUUGACCCGAGAGCUCAGAGCCAUGAUGGCUAUUGAAGAUUGGCAGAAGACCCAGGCACAGCAGCAUAGGGAACAGCUACUGCUGCAAGAGCUGGUUUCACUGGUGAACCAGCGUGACGAGCUUGUGCGAGACAUGGAUGCUAAAGAGAGAGGGGCCGUGGAGGAAGAUGAGCGCUUGGAGCGAGGCCUUGAGCUGAGACGACGGAAGUACAGCAAUAAGGAAAAGUGUGUGCUGCAGUGAAGGAACUCUGUGGGAACAAGAGUAUGAAGCUGUGCUUUAAUCUUGCCCCUUGAUACCAGCACUCCUAUCUCACACUCCUUCGAAAACCCUUUUUUCCCCUACAACUCCUCAAGAUCAGGAUUGAGGAAAUUCUUCAUUCAAAUUCUGGAGUUUAUGUGGGUUGUUUUCUGAAGUGCUGUAAUUUGUAAAUGACAAAAUAUAGCAGUUCACGGUUUUUAUUGUUACAGCACAGCAUUAGAAGCAAUUUUCAUUGUAUGUUUUUCUGGGAGAAAAUCACAAACAGUUCAUGUACAACUCCUUGUGAGUGUACAUUAUGAUGACAUGUGAUGAGAGUCACAUAGGUCACAUGAGUCUGCAUAGGUCACAACGAGGUGAAUAGAAUGUCCAAUUCAUGGACCUUGCAAGCAAGUGUCUGGAAUGUUAGGAAAAUGAAAGUGACCUUAGAAGUAUUUCAUUCAUCACAGCUGUGUGGUGGAUGUCGUCUGUACAGGCUCCUCUGGUGGAAGUUUCUUUAAAAGCUGCUCUAUCUCUCUCUUUCUCUUUCUCUCUCUCUCUCUCUCUCUUUCUCUCUCUCUCUCUCUCUCUCUCUCUCUCUCUCUCCAUUAAGCGUCCAUUGUAACCAAAGCUGUUUGUAUUGCCCUCACUUCCCAUCGUGUGCUCUGUGAAGGCAGUGUAAAUUUGGAUCUUUUGUGUUUUGUUUUUAUGUAUGUUUUUCACUGGACCUUGAUGUUGGCUUCAACAAGUGUUCUGCGUGGCCAGCUGGACAGCAUAUUAAUGUAUAUCUGACAGGGACUGUAAGUUGUUUUCAUUGAUAGAAUACAUUUCUGGAUGUGAAUGUCCCUCUCUACAAAAGACUAACUACUACAUUGGAAGAAUCAUUUAAGCCAUACACACACAUUUGUACCUGUUUCUUUAAUUGGUAAGCGUCUAUAUUUUAAUUUUAAGAAUACAUCCUUUGUUGAGCCAAAGAGACCUCUGUGACAACUGCCUGUGGCAUUGCAGUAUUUGUUGCAUCUAAAGAUAAUUAUCAUAAUUGUUUAUAUGUAAUUAUUCUGUUUCUGGUGUUUUGCUUACAAACGACAAGCCAUUUAUUUGACAUUAUCCAUAUUCUGUUAUGUUGUCAAUUUAUUCAGAACGAUGUCUCGAAAUUGCAGAAUAAGAAUCUAAAAAUGGUAUUCAAACAUGUCACAAGUUCAGGAAAAAUAAUCUACCUAUAAUCUAGUUUUUUUUUUUUUACCGAAUUACUGGAGUUUAUGUGCCUUUGUUGUUAGAUUUUUCAAAAACAACACAGAAUAGGAUGAUUUGUGGAGUAUUUGUAUUCUCCUCUGUGCCUUGUAUCUGGUUCUGUGGUACUGUUGUCAUUUUUAGGAGAAAUGUGACUAAGAAUGUUUGAAUUUAAUAAAGUUUGAUUGUUUUUAAAACUA